CUCGCCCACCUCCUCUCCCCGCCCUGUGGCCGGAUUUUUUUGGUCCCCCGGCGAACUUGAUAUCUGUUUUCAUUUUUGUUCGAUUAUCUUCCGGCUGAGGUUGCUCGGUCGCGGGGGAGUUCGUUUUUAACGGUUCCUGGCCGAUUCCGGAGAGAAAGGCGGAAGCUUUCCUCUUCGAUUCGACUCUCUCUCCCCGCCGCUGCCCUGCCGUGUGAGAGAGGUGGCCAGGGGAAGCCAGAUUUGAACUAGGGGGGCUUCCUCCUCCUCAUGGCUUCCAUGGCGCGCCUGGAGGAAAAGGAUGGGCUGGAUUCAUCCGAUUCGGCAAUCAACAGAAGCCUGUCGCUGGAUGUGGUCAAGCCUUCCUUGCCGAAUGAUGCAACUGCAUUGCAGCCCAAGGAGGGGAUGGAGGAGUACCCUGUCAAGGUCCGGAAGCCUUACACGAUCACAAAGCAGCGGGAGAAGUGGACGGAAGAAGAGCACGACAGGUUCUUGGAGGCAUUGAAGUUGUAUGGUCGGUCUUGGCGCCAGAUACAAGAGCACAUUGGCACAAAGACUGCUGUUCAAAUUCGGAGCCAUGCCCAGAAGUUUUUCUCAAAGGUGGUGCGCGAACCUGGGACUACUACCGCGAUUGAGAUCCCUCCCCCUAGGCCAAAGAGAAAGCCACUGCAUCCAUACCCUCGCAAGUGUGCAAAUUCUGGCACCGACACAAAUCCAGCAACAGGGCAAACGAAGCUUGCUCCUGUUUCAUCUUCAUCUGGCUCUGAUCAAGAGAACGGUUCUCCUGUAUCGGUGCUGUCUGCGAUGCAGUCAGAUACUUUUGGAUCGUCGGUAUCGAAUCCAUCAACCAGAUGUACCUCCCCAGCAUCGUCUGAUGAUGGAAAUAAUGUUCCCACAUUAGCAGGUGGGGAAGAUAAUGUGCCUUGUGAACAAACAGGGAUAGAUCAGUCCUACAAGGAAAUAGACCAAGAUGGUAAAGACACAGAUAAUAUCUCUGAAGAUGAUUCUUCAGAAGAGGUGCAAGAAACAAGCUUGAAGCUCUUUGGGAAGACAGUUGUCAUCCCAGAUCCAAGGAAGAGAGGCUCUUCAGAUCCGAAGCAUGAAGAAAAUGAGGAGCAAGUAUCACAAUCUUCCAAGGAAGAAAUAUUGCAAGCUUCUUCAGGUGCUGAGGUUCCAGCAGCAUAUGGUGCACCAAAUGGAUGGCUUCUGUCAUACAAUUCUUUCCCAUUCCAAUCAAUGGAUCCUAGAAUUGCCCCUUUGCACGUAUGGUGGCCUUGCUACGGGUUUGCUCCUACUAUGAACCAUCCAAUAGGACUAAGCACGAUGACGCAGACUGAAGGUACCGACGAAAGUGACAGUGGGAAGAGCCCCUCAGCUGAAUCAAGCUCGGACUACGGGGACAAUGUGCAGACAGCCGCCCCUUUGAACUCGAGAGUGGUGGAGUCACUUGGAGAGAUUUGUGUUCGAGAGUCGGCUUCAAGUUUUGAGCUUAAACCGAGCUCAAAUUCUGCCUUUGUAAGAGUGAAGCCGCUAAGCAACAGCAGAGAUGAAGAGGUAAGGAAGGGAUUUGUGCCGUAUAAGAGAAGCAAAAUUCAAUAACGCCAAGCAAAAAGCGGGUAUUUGUUGUCAUCUAUCUGCUAAUUUAACAGAGGGAAGAGUAGGAUCCCGUUUCAUCGAUGGUGGUUGUUUCAUCACUGUACUUUUGUCUGCAGAGAUUGGUGGUGUACGGCAGUUUGAGCAUGUGUAUUAGUAAUUGUUUCCUGCUUGCACCUUCGAAUUUAAGAUAAGAGGAUGCUGUAAGCAGUUUCUUUUCUGUUCAAAUAUAGGGAUGACGGCCCAUCUCUGCCCACUUGUUGUAAAAGCUCGCAUGAUGUUUAACUCCAGUUGAAAUCAAGCUGUUAAUGGAAAUUGAAUUUUCAACUAGACAGUCGAGAGGUGUUUUUGUGCUUUACAAGUUUGAGUCCCAAACUUAUUGUACGAUUGUCAGCCUCAGAUUUUAACCUGGGACAAACACAUGGAUUUUGACCUAUAGACCAUCAU